AUGUGGUGCAUACCUGAGUUUGAACUUAUUGACUUGUGCAACAACAACUAUGUGGUGAGAUUUACAGAUCUGGACCAGAUGAAGGCAAAAUAUCGUAAGGUUCUGUUCGAAGGGCCGUGGGUUAUUAUGCAGCAUUGCGUGCUAAUCCAGCGGUGGUCUCCCUACUUUAACCCUUUCAAUAACCCCUUAGGACAAAUUGCUGUCUGGGUAAGAAUUCCAGAUAUUCCUAUGCAUUGCUAUAAUAAGAAGUUCAUUUGGAGAUUAGGAGAAAGAAUUGGAAGACCUUUGAAAGUUGAUAUGUGCACAUUAUCUGACAUUUCUAAAGAUGUUCCAAUAAAAGAAAGAGGAAGGUACACUCCUAUUUGUGUAGAAUUAGAUUUGCAGAAAAAAUUAGUCCCCAAAGUGAUUGCUGCUUGCUCGGUUUUUAAUGUUGAAUCUAAAGGUUUGAGGCUUAUUUGCUUUAAUUAUGGUCAAUUCGGACAUCGCCGAGAAACCUGUCCUUGGCUUGUACAUGGUGAUACAGAAAAACCUCAACAAGUAGACAUGUCUUCACAAACAGAUUAUUGUAGAUCGAUGGGUUCUCAUCCAGCCCGUGCUUCUCCAAUGACGAAUAUCAAGAAGGAAGGAGUGGGAUUUGGUUCUUUUAUGCUUCCCAAUGCAUCAAAUUAUCGGAUAUCAAGAUUCAGCGUUCUUGUUGAUGAGGAGCAGGCAGAGGCUUCUGGAGGGAAGAUGUCCCUCUUUAUGAAUGAAGAUGAUAAGACAGUGGGGAGAAGGAAGGCAAGUCAGAAACUUGUAGAAAGUAGGGCUGCACCUAGGAAAUCUAAUAUGAAGAUAGUGAAUAGACAGAUCUUACGUGACCAGACCUCUGCACGAGGUCUUUCAAACGGGCCGAUAACUACAAAUGGGAAAGGACCCCCAGAAUAUAGGCCGAAGGAAAGGGGAAGCGAACAGCAUCCUAAACAGAGAUCUCACAUUGUUGUCCAAGGGAGUUCUCUGAACUUGGGCCAAGGACAAGUUAUUUCAGCCCAGGCAUCUUCAAAGGAAUUAAAGGCCCCUUUACCUGUAAAUUCUGAUUUGCAUUCUAAGGAAGGCACUGGAAAUAUGGCGGAACAAAUGUAG